AUGGGUAUUCAAUUUAAUUACUCGGAGCAAGAGACUGAGAAUGCAGACAGAAUACUUUAUGAAUACUUUCGAAACAACAGAUAUCCUAAGAAAGCAGAAAAACUCCGACUGGCAGAACAGGUAGGUGUUGAUCUUCAAUAUGUAGUAAAUUUCUUCUAUAAUGCAAGAAGUCAGGUUAAAAAACUGGAAAAAGAACAGCAGGAGCAAGUGGGUAGAAAGACAAGUAGCUUUGGACGACUUAUUAAUAGUAAGUGUCGUCACUGCAUAAUUCUUGGACAGGAAAAUUUCCAGAAUAUGAAAUUUGUUCCAAUAAGUGAAAGAUUGAGAGGUGAUUGCAACCAUCUCUACUUGGGCUCUCCCAUUCUGCAGCCAGCCUUAUUAGAAAUUUGUGAUAUUGAUUCAUAUUGUUUGGGCAAAACUAAAAACGACACCACAAAUCAGAAGGAUAAAGAGCCCUGCAAAAGAGGUCUUGACUAUUGA